GGAGGGCGCUUAACCAUCAGCCCAGGACAAGGAUGGUCCAGAGCCUAGCCCCUGGGCUGCCUGCACCCCUCUCCGUCUGGGGUUGGCUGAAAGGACAGUCUGAGGACCGGCCAGAGAGUGGGCUGCUGGGUGGGAGCUGUGUCGGUCCUGGGCCCGUGGAGGGAGGUGAGACCCAGCAGCCCCUGCUCCAUCGUCUGCGUCCCACGCCUGGGUGCUGCUCCCAGCCUCCCGUAGAGACAGGUCCCUCCCGCCACCCCCACACCCCACCAUGGAUCACUCAUUCAGUGGGGCACCCCGAUUCCUGACCCGGCCCAAGGCCUUCGUAGUGUCGGUUGGCAAGGAUGCCACGCUGAGCUGCCAGAUCGUGGGCAACCCUACGCCGCAGGUAAGCUGGGAGAAGGACCAGCAGCCCGUGGAGGCGGGCGCUCGCUUCCGCCUGGCCCAGGACGGCGACAUGUACCGUCUCACCAUCCUAGACCUGGCGCUGGGCGACAGCGGGCAGUAUGUCUGCCGCGCGCGCAACGCCAUCGGUGAGGCCUUCGCGGCUGUGGGCCUGCAGGUGGACGCCGAGGCCGCUUGCNCGCCUAUGGCGGUGAGCUGGGCCAAGGACGGGCGGCGCUUGGGCGCGCCCGACGCCCCCCGAGUGCGCGUGGAGGCCAGCGGCGAGGCGAGCGCGCUGCGCAUCCAGGCCGCGCGGCCCCGCGACGGUGGCACCUACACGGUGCGCGCCGAGAACCCGCUGGGCGCCGCCAGCGCGGAUGCCGCGCUCACCGUGGACGCGGACGCAAACUCUGCGGGCCCUCCCGGGGCCUCCACAGCCGCGCUUCUGGCGCACCUGCAGCGGCGGCGCGAAGCGAUGCGCGCCGAGGGCGCCCCAGCCUCGCCACCAGGUUCUGGCACGCGCACCUGCACCGUGACUGAAGGCAAGCACGCGCGCCUCAGCUGCUACGUGACGGGUGAGCCGAAACCCGAGACGGUAUGGAAGAAGGAUGGGCAGCUGGUGGUCGAGGGCCGGCGGCACGUGGUGUACGAGGACGCUCAGGAGAACUUCGUGCUCAAGGUCCUCUUCUGUAAGCAGUCCGACCGGGGCCUCUACACCUGCACGGCGUCCAACCUGGUGGGCCAAACCUACAGCUCCGUGCUGGUCGUCGUGCGAGAGCCCGCAGUGCCCUUCAGGAAGCGGCUGCAGGACCUGGAGGUGCAGGAGAAGGAGUCGGCCACGUUCCACUGCGAGGUGGAGCUGCCGUCCACGGAGGCCGCGUGGUACAAGGAGGAGACGCGGCUGUGGGCCAGCGCCAAGUACGGCAUCGAGGAGGCGGGCACCGAGCGCCGGCUGACUGUGCGCAAUGUCUCGGCAGACGACGACGCCGUCUACAUCUGCGAGACGGCGGAGGGCAGCCGCACGGUGGCGGAGCUCUCGGUGCAAGGCAACCUCAUCCGGAAGCUCCCGAGGAAGACCGCGGUGCGAGUGGGAGAUACGGCCAUGUUCUGUGUGGAGCUGGCCAGGCCUGAGGACUCCGUCCACUGGCUGAGGAACCAGGAGGAGGUGAUGGCCGGGGGCCGCGUGGCCAUCACCACUGAAGGCACGUGCCACACGCUGACCAUCUCCAAGUGCAGCCUGGAGGACAUGGGCGAGGUGACCUUCAUGGCUGGGGACUGCCGGACAACCACGCAGUUCUUUGUGUCUGCCCCUAGAAAGCCGCCCCUGCACGCUCCGGAGACCCCUGUGGUAAAGGCCAGGACAGAGUGCUCCGUGACCCUCGGCUGGUCCCCACCACCCCACGGGGACCGCCCUGUCCCCAUCGAUGGUUAUCUGGUGGAAAAGAAGCGGCUUGGUGCCUACACCUGGAGCCGGUGCCAUGAGGCUGAGUGGGUGGAUGUGCGUGAGCUGACCGUGGCCAACGUGUCCGAGGAGGGGGACUUCCAGUUCCGGGUGUCAGCCGUGAACAGCUUUGGCCACGGCCCCCACCUCGAGUUCCCAGGAACUGUCCACCUGGCCCCCCAGCUGGCCGUGAAAACGCCUCUGAAGGCGGUGGAGGCGGUGGAGGGCGGCGAGGUGACCUUCUCCGUGGACCUCACUUUGGCCUCGGCGGGCGAAUGGUUCCUGGACGGGCAGGCCCUGAAGGCCAGCCCCGUGUAUGUGAUCCGUCACGAUGGCACACGGCAUGCCCUCACCAUACGCUGCGUGUCCGCCAGCCUGCACGGCGCUGAGCUCAAGUUCGUGGCCAACGGCAUUGAGAGCAGCAUCUGCAUGGAGGUCCGAGCAGCCCCAGGACUGACCACAAAGCGUCCUGUAGCAGCUGUGAGGGAAGUGCUGGCCCGGCUGCAUGAGGAGGCGCAGCUCCUGGCCGAGCUGUCAGACCAGGCUGCAGCAGUGACGUGGCUGAAGGACGGCCACGCAUUGCCACCAGGCCCCAAGUACGAGGUGCAGGCGACGGCCGGGCAGCAGGCACUGCUGGUGCGGGAUGUGGUGCGAGAUGACGCUGGCCUCUAUGAGUGUGUCAGCGGUGGGAGCCGCAUCGCCUACCAGCUCCUGGUGCAAGGGCUCACUCCCUUUCUGCACAAGGACACAGCUGGUGGCUGUGUGGAUGCUGUGGUUGGAGGCCCAGUGCACUUUGAAUGUGAGACCUCUGAGGCCCAUGUGUGCGUGCGCUGGUACAAGGAUGGCACGGAGCUCAGCCGCUCCAGCCAGCGCUUCUUGCAGGAGGAUGUGGGUACACGGCACCGGCUGGUGGCAGCCCUGGUCACCAAGCAGGAUGAGGGCACCUACUCGUGCCGUGUGGGUGAGGACUCCGUGGACUUCCAGCUGCGUGUCUCAGAGCCCUCUGUGGUGUUUGCCAAGGAGCAGCCAGCAAGCAGUGAGGUGCAGACCAAGGCGGGGGCCAGCGCCACCCUGAGCUGUGAGGUGGCCCAGGCCCAGACGGAGGUGACUUGGUACAAGGACGGGAAGAAGCUGAGUGCGAGCUCCAAAGUGCAUGUGGAGGCCAAGGGCUGCAGCAGGCGGCUGGUGUUGCAGCAGGCGGGGAAGGCGGAUGCUGGGGAGUACAGCUGCGAGGCCGGGGGCCAGAAGGUGUCCUUCCACCUGGUUGUCGCAGAGCCCCCUGCAGUGUUUGCCAAGGAGCAGCCAGCAUGCAGUGAGGUGCAGACCAAGGCGGGGACCAGUGCCACCCUGAGCUGUGAGGUGGCCCAGGCCCAGACAGAGGUGACGUGGUACAAGGACGGGAAGAAGCUGAGUGCGGGCUCCAAAGUGCACAUGGAGGCCAAGGGCUGCAGCAGGCGGCUGGUGUUGCAGCAGGCGGGGAAGGCAGAUGCUGGGGAGUACAGCUGCGAGGCUGGGGGCCAGAAGGUGUCCUUCCACCUGGACGUCACAGAGCCCCCUGUGGUGUUUGCCAAGGAGCAGCCAGCACACCGUGAGGUGCAGACCAAGGUGGGGGCCAGUGCCACCCUGAGCUGUGAGGUGGCCCAGGCCCAGACAGAGGUGACUUGGUACAAGGACGGGAAGAAGCUGAGUGCGAGCUCCAAAGUGCAUGUGGAGGCCAAGGGCUGCAGUAGGAGGCUGGUGGUGCAGCAGGCGGGGAAGGCGGACGCUGGGGAGUACAGCUGCGAGGCCGGGGGCCAGAAGGUGUCCUUCCACCUGGUUGUCGCAGAGCCCUCUGUGGUGUUUGCCAAGGAGCAGCCAGCACACAGUGAGGUGCAGACCAAGGCGGGGACCAGUGCCACCCUGAGCUGUGAGGUGGCCCAGGCCCAGACAGAGGUGACGUGGUACAAGGACGGGAAGAAGCUGAGUGCGAGCUCUAAAGUGCACGUGGAGGCCAAGGGCUACAGCAGGCGGCUGGUGUUGCAGCAGGCGGGGAAGGCGGAUGCUGGGGAGUACAGCUGUGAGGCCGGGAGCCAGAAGGUGUCCUUCCACCUGGAAGUCACAGAGCCCUUGCCUGUGUUUGCCAAGGACCAGCCAGCACACAGGGAGGUGCAAGCAAAGGUGGGGGCCAACACCACAUUGAGCUGUGAGGUGGCCCAGGACAAGACUGAGGUGACUUGGUACAAGGAUGGGAAGAAGCUGAGUGCGAGCUCCAAAGUGCACGUGGAGGCCAAGGGCUGCAGCAGGCGGCUGGUGUUGCAGCAGGCGGGGAAGGCGGACGCUGGGGAGUACAGCUGCGAGGCCGGGGACCAGAAGGUGUCCUUCCACCUAGACGUCACAGAACCUGCAACUGUGUUUGCCAAGGAGCAGCCAGCACACAGUGAGGUGCAGGCCAAGGCAGGGGGCAGCGCCACCAUGAGCUGUGAGGUGACCCAGGCCCAGACAGAGGUGACGUGGUACAAGGACGGGAAGAAGCUGAGUGCGAGCCCUAAAGUGCACGUGGAAGCCAAGGGCUGCAGCAGGCGGCUGGUGUUGCAGCAGGCGGGGAAGGCGGACGCUGGGGAGUACAGCUGCGAGGCCAGGGGCCAGAAGGUGUCCUUCCUCCUGGACGUCACAGAGCCCUCUGUGGUGUUUGCCAAGGAGCAGCCAGCACGCAGUGAGGUGCAGACCAAGGCGGGGGCCAGCACCACCCUGAGCUGUGAGGUGGCCCAGGCCCAGACAGAGGUGACGUGGUACAAGGACGGGAAGAAGCUGAGUGCGAGCUCCAAAGUGCACGUGGAGGCCAAGGGCUGCAGCAGGCGGCUGGUGUUGCAGCAGGCGGGGAAGACGGAUGCUGGGGAGUACAGCUGCGAGGCCGGGGGCCAGAAGGUGUCCUUCCACCUGGUUGUCGCAGAGCCCCCUGCAGUGUUUGCCAAGGAGCAACCAGCAUGCAGUGAGGUGCAGACCAAGGCGGGGGCCAGUGCCACCCUGAGCUGUGAGGUGGCCCAGGCCCAGACAGAGGUGACGUGGUACAAGGACGGGAAGAAGCUGAGUGCGAGCUCCAAAGUGCACGUGGAGGCCAAGGGCUGCAGCAGGCGGCUGGUGUUGCAGCAGGCGGGGAAGGUGGAUGCUGGGGAGUACAGCUGCGAGGCCGGGGGCCAGAAGGUGUCCUUCCACCUGGUUGUCGCAGAGCCCUCUGUGGUGUUUGCCAAGGAGCAGCCAGCACGCAGUGAGGUGCAGACCAAGGCGGGGGCCAGUGCCACCCUGAGCUGUGAGGUGGCCCAGGCCCAGACAGAGGUGACGUGGUACAAGGACGGGAAGAAACUGAGUGCGAGCUCCAAAGUGCACGUGGAGGCCAAGGGCUGCAGCAGGCGGCUGGUGUUGCAGCAGGUGGGGAAGGCGGAUGCUGGGGAGUACAGCUGUGAGGCCGGGGGCCAGAAGGUGUCCUUCCACCUGGACAUCACAGAGCCGGAGGCUGAGCCCCCCACCCUCGAGAGACCUGGCCGCAAGGAGCCUCUGGUGGUCAGGGAGCAUGAAGACAUCGUCCUGACAGCCACGCUGGCUACGCCCUCUGUGGCCACUGUGACGUGGCUCAAGGACGGUGUGGAGAUUCGCCGAAGCAAGCGGCACGAAACGGCCAGCCUGAGGGACACCCACACCCUGACCAUCCACGGCGCGCAAACCCUGGACAGCGCAGUCUAUAGCUGCCAUGUGGGCGCAGAGGGGCAGUAUUUCCCUGUGCAGGUGGAAGAGGUGGCCGCUAAGUUCUGCCGGCCCCUGGAGCCCGUGAGCGGCGAGUUGGGCGGCACGGUGAUGCUGGUCUGUGAGCUGAGCCCACCCCAGGCCGAGGUCGUGUGGCGCUGCAGGGACACGCAGCUCCGGGCUGGCAAACGCUUCCAGAUUGAAGCCGCAGGGCCCCGGCGCUCACUCAUGGUGACAGGCCUGCGGCUGGAGGAUGCAGGAGAGUACUCGUGUGAGACCCGUGAUGACCGCACCAGUGCCCAGCUCUCUGUUAGCACCCCCCGAGUGGUCAAGUUCACAUCUGCGUUGAACACCGUGGUGGCGGAGGAGGGCCACGAGGCCACCUUCCAGUGCGUGGUGUCCCCUGGGGACGUGGCAGUCACGUGGUUCCGGGACGGCGCCUUGCUGCAGCCCAGCGAGAAGUUUCUCAUAUCGCAGAGUGGCACGGGCCACAGCCUGACUAUCUGCAGUCUGACCCUGGAGGAUGCUGGCCAGAUCACCGCAGAGGCGGAGGGCGUCCAGUCCUCAGCCGCUCUUCGGGUGCGAGAGGCUCCGGUGCUGUUCAGAAAGAAGCUGGAACCCCAGACGGUGGAAGAGCAGAGCUCAGUGACCAUGGAGGUGGAACUGACGCGGCCGUGGCCUGAGGUCAAGUGGACGCGGAAUGCAGCGGCCCUGGUGCCAGGCAAGAACGUGGAGAUUCACGCAGAGAGCACCAGUCACCGCUUGGUUCUGCGCUGCGUGGGGUUCGCGGACCGUGGCUUCUAUGGGUGUGAGACUCCGGACGACAAGACGCAGGCCAAGCUCACCGUGGAAAUGCGCCAGGUCAGGCUUGUGCGGGGCCUGCAGGCAGUGGAGGUGUCGGAGCAGGACGCCGUCAGCAUGGAGGUGGAGCUGUCACACGACAACGUGGAGGGCGGCUGGACACGUGAUGGCCUGCGGCUGCAGCCAGGGCUCACGUGCCAGCUGGCCGUGCAUGGCCCCAUCCACACCCUCACGCUCUCGGAGCUGCGGCCGCAGGAUGGGGGCCUCAUUGCCUUCAAAGCGGAGGGGGUGCACACAUCUGCAUGGCUCACGGUCACUGAGCUGCCUGUGAGGUUCAGCAGGCCCCUACAGGACACAGUGGCCACAGAGAAGGACAAGGUGACCCUGGAGUGUGAGCUGUCACGCCCCAACGUGGAUGUGCGCUGGCUGAAGGACAGCGUGGAGCUGCGGGUGGGCAAGACAGUGGGCAUGGUGGCCCAGGGUGCAUGUCGGAGUCUCAUCCUUUACCGGUGUGAGUUCGGGGACCAGGGUGUGUACGUGUGUGACGCUCACGACGCUCAGAGCUCGGCCUCCCUGAAGGUGCAAGGUCGUAGGGUCCAGAUCGUGAGGCCCCUGGAGGAUGUGGAGGUGAUGGAGAAGGAGGGUGCCACAUUCUCCUGUGAGGUCUCUCUCGACGAGGUGCCAGCCCAGUGGUUCUGGGAGGGCAGUAAGCUCCGGCCCAGCGACAACGUGCGGAUCCGCCAGGAAGGAAGGAAAUACACGCUCAUCUACAGGAGGGUCCUGGCAGAAGACGCAGGGGAGAUCAAAUUUGUUGCAGAAAAUGCAGAAUCACGAGCGCAGCUCCGAGUGAAAGAGCUGCCGGUGGCCGUCCUGCGCCCGCUGCGGGACAAGAUAGCCAUGGAGAAGCACCGCGGCAUGCUGGAGUGCCAGAUGUCUCGGGCCAGUGCGCAGGUGCGGUGGUUCAAGGGCAGCGUGGAACUGCAGCCCGGGCCCAAGUAUGAGAUGGUCAGUGACGGCCUCUACCGGAAGCUAAUCAUCACGGACGUGCAGCCCGAGGACGAGGACACCUACACCUGCGAUGCUGGGGACGUGAAGACCAGCGCCCAGUUCUUCGUGGAAGAGCAAUCCAUCACCAUCGUGCGUGGCCUGCAAGACGUGAUGGUGAUGGAGCCCGCCCCAGCCUGGUUCGAGUGUGAGAUCUCCAUCCCGUCGGUGCGGCCGCCAAAGUGGCUCCUGGGAAAGACGGUGCUGCAGGCCGGGGCCAACGUGGGCAUGGAGCAGGAGGGCACGGUGCACCGCCUGAUGCUGCGGCGUACCUGCUCCACCAUGACUGGGCCCGUGCACUUCACCAUCGGCAAGUCGCGCUCCACCGCGCGCCUGGUGGUCUCAGACAUCCCCACGGUGCUCACGCGGCCGCUGGAGCCCAAGGCGGGGCGCGAGCAGCAGUCCGUGGUCCUGUCCUGCGACUUCAAGCCGCCCCCCAAGGCCGUGCAGUGGUACAAGGAGGACACGCCCCUGGCGCCCUCCGAGAAGUUCAAGAUGAGGCUGGAGGGCCACAUGGCGGAGCUGCGCAUUCUCCGCCUCACACCCGCCGACGCCGGCGUCUACCGGUGCCAGGCCGGCAGCGCCCAGAGCAGCGCCGAGGUCACCGUGGAAGCGCGCGAGGUCACGGUGACGCAGCCGAUGCAGGACGCAGCAGUCACGGAGGAGGGCCGGGCCUGCUUCUCGUGCGAGCUGUCCCAUGAGGACGAGGAGGUGGAGUGGUCGCUCAACGGCACGCCUCUGUACAACGACAGCUUCCAUGAGAUCGCCCACGAGGGCCGGCGCCACACGCUGGUGCUGAAGCGGGUUCGGCGAGCGGACGCGGGGACCGUGCGGGCCUGCUCCCCCAAGGUGUCGGCCACGGCCCGCCUGGAGGUCAAAGCAAAGCCGGUGGUGUUCCUGAAGGCUCUGGAUGAUGUGUCCGCGGAGGAGCGGGGCACGCUGGCCCUGCAGUGCGAAGUCUCAGACCCCCAGGCCCGCGUGGUGUGGCGAAAGGAUGGUGUGGAACUGGGCCCCAGCGACAAGUACGACUUCCUGCACACAGCGGGCACGCGCGGGCUCGUGGUGCACGACCUGAGCCGGGACGACACCGGCCUCUACACUUGCAGCGUGGGCUCCGAGGAGACCCGCGCCAGAGUCAGUGUGCACGACCUGCACGUGGGCAUCACCAAGAGGCUGAAGACGGUGGAGGUGCUGGAGGGCCAGAGCUGCAGCUUCGAGUGUGUCCUGUCCCACGAGAACACCGGCGAUGUGGCCGUAUGGACAGUGGGCGGGAAGACCGUGGGUGGCUCGGGCCGCUUCCGGGCCACACGCCAGGGCCGCAAGUACACCCUGGCUGUCCACGAUGCUGCUCCUAGUGAUGCUGGGGAGGUGGCAUUCUCUGUGCAGGACCUCACCUCCAAGGCCUCCCUCAUUGUCAGAGAGAGGCCAGCGGAUAUCACGAAACCACUGGAAGACCAGCAGGCCAGUCCAGGCGAGGAUGUGGUGCUGAGCUGUGAGCUGUCUCGGGCCAGCACCCCGGUGCGCUGGCUGAGGGACGGGAAGGCCAUUCGCAAGAGUCAGAAGUAUGACCUGAUCACGGAAGGCACUCGGGCCAUGCUGGUGGUCCACGCGGUCUCACCCAAGGACUCAGGCGAAUACACGUGUGAGACAGAGGCUUCCAAGAGCACAGCGAGCCUCCGUGUGGAAGAAAAGGCAAACCGGUUCACGGAGGAGCUGGCUGAUCUGCUGGUGGAGGAGAAGGGCACGGCCGUGUUCGUGUGCAAGACAGAGCGUCCUGCAGCCAUGGUGACCUGGCGCAAGGGCCUCACGGAGCUGCAUGCGUCAGGGAAGCACACACCCAGCCAGGAGGGCCUGACCUUGAAACUCACCAUCAGCACCCUGAACAAAGCAGACAGUGAUACCUACGCCUGUGACAUCGGCCAGGCCUGUUCCCAGGCCCGGCUCCUGGUGCAAGGCCAGACAGUGCUCAUCGCGGAGGAUCUGGAGGACGUGGAGGUGCGUGAGGGCUCCUCAGCCACCUUCUCCUGCCGCAUCUCUCCUGCCGACUAUGGGCCCGUCCACUGGUUCCUGGACAAGACACCCCUGCACCCCAACGAGCUCAAUGAGAUUGAGGUUCAGUCAGGGGGCUACCACGUGCUCACCCUGCGGCAGCUUGCUCUCAAGGACUCCGGCACCAUCCACUUCGAAGCAGGGGACCAGCGGGCCUCAGCCACCCUGCGAGUCUUAGAAAAGCCAAGUGUCUUCUCCUGUGAGCUCACGGACGCUACAGUCAUGGAGGGGGAGGAUCUGACCCUGGCCUGUGAGACCACCAUCCUGGACAGCCCCGUGUGCUGGACCAAGGACGGGAAGGCCUUGCGGCCAUCAGCCCGGUGCCAGCUGAGCCAGAAGGGCCACCGGGCCCAGCUGGUCAUUACUGACGCCACCCUGCAGGACGGCGGGCGCUACAAGUGUGAGUCCGGGGGCUCCUGGAGCAGCUCCAUUGUCAGGGUCCACGCACGGCCAGCACGCUUCCAGGAGGGGCUGAAGGACCUGGAGGUGCUGGAGGGUGGGGCUGCCACUCUGCGCUGCACACUGUCUUCUGUGGUCACACCUGUGGAGUGGCACCGUGGAGACGAGGUUCUGCAGCCUGGAGGCAAGUACAGCUUGCGUCAGGAGGGCACUAUGCUGGAGUUGGUGGUCCGGGACCUGCGGCCCCAGGACAGUGGGCAGUAUUCCUGCUGCUUUGGGGACCAGAUGACCUUGGCCACACUCACUGUGAAGGCCCUGCCUGCUGAGUUCAUAGGGAGACUGAGAAGCAAGGAAGCCAUGGAAGGGGCCACGGCCACACUGCGCUGUGAGCUGAACAAGGAGGCCCCCGUCGAGUGGAGGAAGGGGUCUGAGACCCUCAGAGCUGGCGACAGAGUCAGCCUGAAGCAAGACGGGACCAUCUGUGAGCUGCAGAUCCGUGGCCUGGCCGUGGCAGAUGCUGGGGAGUAUUCGUGUGUGUGUGGGAAGGAGAGGACAUCAGCCACGCUGACCAUCACGGCCCUGCCUGCUGAGUUCAUAGGGAGACUGAGGAGCAAGGAGGCCACAGAAGGGGCCACAGCCACACUGAGCUGUGAGCUGAGCAAGGAGGCCCCUGUGGAGUGGAGAAAGGGGUCCAAGACCCUCAGAGAUGGGGACAGAGUCAGCCUGAGGCAGGACGGAGCCAUGUGUGAGCUGGAGAUCCGUGGCCUGGCCGUGGCAGAUGCUGGGGAGUACUCGUGCGUGUGCGGGCAGGAGAGGACAUCAGCCACACUGACUGUCAGGGCCCUGCCUGCCAAGUUUACAAAAACUCUGAAGAAUGAGGAGGCCACAGAAGGGGCCACAGCCACACUGAACUGUGAGCUAAGUAAGGCGGCCUCUGUGGAGUGGAGGAAGGGGCCCGAGACCCUCAGAGCUGGGGACAGAGUCAGCCUGAGGCAGGACGGGGCCGUGUGUGAGCUGGAGAUCCGUGGCCUGGCCGUGGCAGAUGCUGGGGAGUACUCGUGUGUGUGUGGACAGGAGAAGACAUCGGCCACACUAACCGUCAGGGCCCUGCCUGCCAAGUUCACCAAGGGCCUGAGGAAGGAAGAGACCACAGAAGGAGCCACGGCCACGCUGCAGUGUGAGCUGAGCAAGGCAGCCCCUGUGGAAUGGAGAAAGGGUCCGGAGAUCCUCAGAGCUGGGGACAGAGUCAGCCUGAGGCAGGACGGGGCUGUGUGUGAGCUGGAGAUCCGUGGCCUGGCCGUGGCGGAUGCUGGGGAGUACUCGUGUGUGUGUGGGCAGGAGAGGACAUCAGCCAAGCUCACUGUCAUGGCAUUACCUGCCAAGUUCAUAAAAGGUCUGAAGAAUGAGGAGGCCACAGAAGGGGCUACGGCCUUGCUGCAGUGUGAGCUGAGCAAGGCGGCCCCUGUGGAGUGGAGGAAGGGGCCCGAGACCCUCAGAGCUGGGGACAGAGUCAGCCUGAAGCAGGACGGGGCCAUGUGUGAGCUGGAGAUCCAUGACCUGGCCAUGGCAGAUGCUGGGGAGUACUCGUGUGUGUGUGGACAGGAGAAGACAUCGGCCACGCUAACCAUCAGGGCCCUGCCUGCCAAGUUCACCAAGGGCCUGAGGAAGGAAGAGGCCACAGAAGGAGCCACAGCCAUGCUGCAGUGUGAGCUGAGCAAGGCAGCACCCGUGGAGUGGAGGAAGGGGUCUGAGACCCUCAGAGCUGGGGACAGAGUCAGCCUGAGGCAGGAUGGGACCGUGUGUGAGCUGGAGAUCCGUGGCCUGGUGGUGGCAGAUGCUGGGGAGUACUUGUGCGUGUGCGGGCAGGAGAGGACAUCAGCCAUGCUGACUGUCAGGGCAUUACCUGCCAAGUUCAUAAAAGGUCUGAAGAAUGAGGAGGCCACAGAAGGGGCUACGGCCUUGCUGCAGUGUGAGCUGAGCAAGGCGGCCCCUGUGGAGUGGAGGAAGGGGCCCGAGACCCUCAGAGCUGGGGACAGAGUCAGCCUGAAGCAGGACGGGGCCAUGUGUGAGCUGGAGAUCCAUGGCCUGGCCGUGGCAGAUGCUGGGGAGUACUCGUGUGUGUGUGGACAGGAGAAGACAUCGGCCACGCUAACCGUCAGGGCCCUGCCUGCCAAGUUCACCAAGGGCCUGAGGAAGGAAGAGGCCACAGAAGGAGCCACGGCCACGCUGCAGUGUGAGCUGAGCAAGGCAGCCCCUGUGGAAUGGAAAAAGGGUCCGGAGAUCCUCAGAGCUGGGGACAGAGUCAGCCUGAGGCAGGAUGGGACCGUGUGUGAGCUGGAGAUCCGCGGCCUGGCCGUGGCAGAUGCUGGGGAGUACUCGUGCGUGUGCGGGCAGGAGAGGACAUCAGCCAUGCUGACUGUCAGGGCAUUACCUGCCAAGUUCAUAAAAGGUCUGAAGAAUGAGGAGGCCACAGAAGGGGCCACAGCCACGCUGCAGUGUGAGCUGAGCAAGGCGGCAUCCGUGGAGUGGAGGAAGGGGACUGAGACCCUCAGAGCUGGGGACAGAGUCAGCCUGAAGCAGGAUGGGGCCGUGUGUGAGCUGGAGAUCCAUGGCCUGGCCGUGGCAGAUGCUGGGGAGUACUCGUGUGUGUGUGGACAGGAGAAGACGUCAGCCACACUAACCGUCAGGGCCCCACAGGUUGUAUUCAGGGAGCCACUCCAGAGCCUGCAGGCUGAGGAGGGUGCCUCAGUCACCCUGCAGUGUGAGCUGUCUCAGCCCAAUGCCGCCGUGGUCUGGAGCAAGGGUGGUCUGGAGCUGCAAGCCGACGAGCGCAGGGAGCCUCAGCAGCGGGGCUGCACGGCGGAGCUUGUGCUGCGGGACCUGCGCAGGGAGGACUCGGGAGAAUACACAUGUGCCUGUGGACCCCAGGCCACCAGUGCCACCCUCACCAUUUCAGCCGCACCUGUGCAGUUCCUCAGGGAGCUGCAGGCCCAGGAGCUGGAUGAGGGCGCCACGGCACACCUGCGCUGCGAGCUGAGCCGUGACAGUGCCAGCGUGGAGUGGCGCAAGGGUUCCCUGCAGCUUUUCCCUUGUGCCAAGUACCAGAUGGUGCAGGAGGGAAGGGCCGCCGAGCUGCUGGUGCGUGACGUGGAGCAGGAGGACUCCGGCCACUAUACCUGUGACGCGGGAGACAUGCAGAGCACUGCCAGCCUCUCUGUCCGAGCCCCUAGGCCCACAUUCCAGGAGGAGCUGCAGAGCACGGAGCAGGAGGUGGGCAGCGUGGCCCGGCUGCGUUGCCAGCUGAGCGAGGCAGAGACCGGUGUCCCAGUGCAGUGGCUCAAGGAGGGUGUGGAGCUGCACGGGAGCCCCAAAUACGAGAUAAGGCGCCUGGGGACCACAUGUGAGCUGCUGAUCCACGGGUUGGAGGCCAAGGACACGGGCGAGUAUGUCUGUGUGGCUGGUGGUCAGAAAACUGUGGCCUCUGUCAUGGUCAAAGAGCCAGAGGUGACCAUCGUGCGGGGGCUGGUGGAUGCCGAGGUGCAGGUCGACGGGGACGUGGAGUUCACCUGUGAGGUGUCGCGGGAUGGGGUCACGGAUGUGGAGUGGCGCCUCCAGGGCCUGCCCCUGCAGAGCAACGAGGUGACAGAGGUGUUUGUGCGGGACGGCCGCACCCACACGCUCCAGCUGAAGGGCGUGACACCUGAGGAUGCAGGCACCGUCUCCUUCCACAUGGGCGUCCACACGUCUUCCGCGCAGCUCACUGUCCGAGUCCCUGAGGUGACCAUUCUGGAGCCCCUGCAGGACCUGCAGCUCAACGAGGGCCAGGACGCCCACUUCCAGUGCCAGCUGUCCAGGGCCUCUGGGCAGGAGGCCCGCUGGGCCCUGGGAGGGGUGCCCCUGCAGGCCAAUGAGAUGAAUGACAUCACUGUGGAACACGGCAUGCUCCACCUCCUCACUCUGCACAAGGUGACCCUGGAGGAUGCUGGAACCAUCAGUUUCCAAGUGGGCUCGUGUAGGUCGGAGGCCCAGUUAAAGGUCACAGCCAAGAACACCGUGGUGCGCGGCCUGGAGAACGUGGACGCACUGGAAGGUGGCGAGGCGCUAUUCGAGUGCCAGCUGUCGCGCCCCGAGGUGGCCGCCCACACCUGGCUGCUGGACGAUGAGCCUGUGCACACCUCCGAGAACGCCGAGAUGGUCUACUUCGAGAACGGCCUGCGGCACGCGCUCCUGCUCAAAAGCCUGCGGUUGCAGGACAGCUGCCGGGUGACCUUCCUGGCGGGGGACGUGGUGACGUCCGCGUUCCUCACAGUCAGAGGCUGGCGCCUGGACGUCCUGGAGCCCCCGCAGGACGCAGCGGUGCGAGCCGGUGGGCAGGCCCGCUUUAGCUGCACUCUCAGCGAGGCGGUGCCGGUGGGCGAGGCCACCUGGUACAUCAACGGGGCCGCUGUGCAGCCGGACGACCCCGACUGGAUGGUCACCGCGGAUGGCGUCCACCACGCCUUGCUGCUGCGUGGUGCCCAGCCGCACCACGCUGGCGAGGUCACCUUCGCCGCCCGCGACGCCGUGGCCUCCGCUCGGCUCACCGUGCUGGGCCUCCCGGACCCCCCCGAGGACGCCGAGGUGGUGGCGCGAAGCGGCCGCUCCGUGACGCUGUCGUGGGUGGCGCCUGCAAGCGACGGUGGCGGCGGUCUCUGCGGCUAUCGGGUGGAGAUGAAGGCGGCCGCCACGGGCGAGUGGCGGCUGUGCCACGAACUGGUGCCCGGGCCCGAGUGCGUGGUGGAUGGCCUGGCCCCCGAGGAGACGUACCGCUUCCGCGUGGCGGCUGUGGGCCCAGCGGGGCCUGGGGAGCCUGUGCACCUGCCGCAGACAGUGAGGCUUGAGCCCCAGGAGCCCGAGCCCGCGCCGCCCGCUCCCGCACCCCCGGCUCCCACGCGCCCCGCUCCCGAGAGCUUGCAGGUGGCUACCGGCGAGGACGUGUGUCUGGAGUGCAAGGUGGAAGAGGCAGGUGAGGUCAUCUGGCUGAAGGGGACGGAGCUCAUCCAACCCAGCGGGCGCUUCCAGGUUCUCUGCCGGGGUCAGCAGCAGACGCUGGUCAUCCAGGGUUUCUCCGCGGAGGACCAGGGCGAGUACCGCUGUCGCAGCGCCCGGGAUGCCAGCUCCCCUGCAGCUGCCUCCUUCCAGGUGGUGCUGACCCCAGAAUCUGGAGGUGAGGCCCCUGCGCAGCCCAGCCUCCCCCCUGAGGCAGCCCAGGAGGGUGACCUGCACCUGCUGUGGGAGGCCCUGGCCCGGAAGCGACGCAUGAGCCGAGAGCCCACACUGGACUCCAUCAGUGAGCUGCCCGAGGAGGAUGGCCGCUUGCAGCGCCUGCGGCAGGAGGCAGAGGAAGCAGCCCCCGAUCUCUCUGAGGACUACUCCACAGCGGACGAGCUGGCACGCACCGGCGAGGCCGACCUCUCGCACACCAGCUCCGACGACGAGUCCCGGGCAGGCACUCCUUCCCUGGUGACCUACCUCAAGAAAGCUGGGAGGCCCAGCACCUCACCACUGGUCAGCAAGGUUGGGGUCCCCACGGUCCCAACUGGGAAGCCACAAAAGCAUCAGGAGCAGCCAGCUGCCGUUCAGCCCGCACCAGGAGACCCGAGUGACCCGUCCAUGGACAAGGCAGCCGUGAAGAUCCAGGCUGCCUUCAAGGGCUACAAGGUCCGCAAGGAGAUGAAGCAGCAGGAGGGGCCUGUGUUCUCCCGCACGUUCGGGGACACUGAGGCGCAGGUGGGGGAUGUCCUGCGUCUGGAGUGUGUGGUGUCCAGCAAGGCGGACGUGCGUGCUCGCUGGCUGAAGGAUGGCGUGGAGCUGGCGGACGGGCGGCACCAGCACAUCGACCAGCUUGGGGAUGGCACCUGCUCCCUGCUGGUCACGGGCCUGGGCCGGGCCGACGCCGGCCGCUACACCUGUCAGGCGAGCAGCAAGUUCGGCCACGUGGCCCACAGCGCUUGCGUGGUGGUCAGCGGGACUGAGAGCGAGGCGGAGAGCUCCUCGGGGGGCGAGCUGGACGACGCCUUCCGCCGGGCGGCCCGGCGGCUGCACCGCCUCUUCCGCACCAAGAGCCCGGCGGAGGUUUCUGACGAAGAGGUCUUCCUCAGUGCAGACGAGGGCGCGGGGGCGUCCGAGGAGCCCGGGGACUGGCAGACGUACCACGAAGACGAGCAGUUCGUCUACAUCCGCUUCGAGUCGCUUGCCGAGUCCCACCGUGCAGCCGCCUGCUUCCGGGAGAUGUUUGGCACCAUGGGCAUCGGGGUGGAUAUCAGCCUGUCCGAGCAGGGGCCCCGGGGGGUGGAGAUGCGCAUCAGCAAGGCGGCCCCCACCAGUGCCGCACCUCCGCAGAUGGUGCCCCGCCCACUGACUGCUGAGGCCGCCCCGGUGUUCCUGACUGAGCUGCAGAAUCAGGAGGUGCAGGAUGGGUAUCCCGUGAGCUUCGACUGCGUGGUGACAGGCCAGCCCGUGCCCACCGUGUGCUGGUUCAAGGACGGCAGGCUGCUGGAGGAGGACGACCACUACAUGAUCAGUGAGGACCAGCAGGGUGGCCACCAGCUCAUCAUCACGGCCGUGGUGCCCGCAGACAUGGGCGUCUACCGCUGCAUGGCUGAGAACAGCGUGGGUGUGUCGUCCACCAGGGCCGAGCUCCGUGUGGACCUGACCAGCACGGACUAUGAAACUGCAGCCGAUGCCACGGAGACCUCCUCCUACUUCAGCGCCCAGGGCUACCUGUCCAGCCGGGAGCAAGAGGGCACAGAAUCGACCUCGGAGGAGGGGCAGCUGCCCCAGGUGGUGGAGGAACUCAAAGACCUCCAGGUGGCCCCUGGCACACGCCUGGCCAAGUUCCAGCUCAAGGUGAAAGGCUACCCAACACCCCGACUGUACUGGUUCAAAGACGGGCAGCCCCUGACGGCUUCUGAGCACAUCCGCAUGGCUGACAGGAAGACGCUUCACACCCUGGAGGUCAUGUCGGUCACCAGUGAGGACGCCGGCCAGUACUCGGCCUACGUCAGCAACGCCGUGGGUGCCGCCUACUCGACUGCUCGGCUGCUGGUCCGGGGCCCCAAAGAUCCUGAAGAGAAGUCGGCACCAGAUGCACACCAACAGCUGGUGCCCCCCCGAUUCUUGGAAAGAUUCACCUCCAAGAAGGUGAAAAAAGGCUCCAGCAUCACCUUCUCAGUGAAGGUGGAAGGCUGCCCGGCCCCAGCAGUGCACUGGCUGCGGGAGGAGGCUGAGCGGGGUGUCCUGUGGAUUGGCCGUGACACACCGGGCUACACGGUGGCCAGCUCUGCACAGCAGCACAGUCUGGUCCUGCUGGAUGUGGGCAGACAGCAUCAGGGCACCUACACCUGCAUCGCCACCAACGCCGCUGGCCAGGCCCUCUGCUCCGCCAGCCUGCACGUCUCUGGCUUGCCCAAGGAGGCGGGGAUGGCGGAAGAGCACGCUGGGGUGAAAGAGGCCCUCAUCUCCACCUUCCUGCAGGGGACCCAAGCUGUCUCUGCACAGAUGUCGGAACCUGUGGGGUUCGCUGACCUUGCUGGGGAGAGAAGAGCAGAGCCCACGGCAGUGGAGGCCCGUGGCCACCUGUCCCUGGCCGAGGUGGGCACAGAAGAGUUCCUGCAGAAGCUCACAUCCCAGAUCACCGAGAUCGUGUCGGCCAAGAUCACACAGGCCAAGCUGCAGGUGCCCGGAGUUGACAGCGAUGAGGAAUCCAAGACGCCAUCCGCAUCCCCCUGGCAUGGCCGUUCCCGCCCCUCCUCCAGUGUCCAGGAGUCGUCCUCAGAGUCGGAGGACGGGGACUCCAGAGGCGAGAUCUUCGAUAUCUAUGUGGUCACAGCUGACUACCUGCCCCUGGGGGCCGAGCAGGAUGCCAUCUCGCUGCGGGAGGGCCAGUACGUGGAGGUGCUGGACUCAGCCCACCCACUGCGCUGGCUUGUGCGCACCAAGCCCACCAAGUCCAGCCCCUCGCGUCAAGGCUGGGUGUCCCCCGCCUACCUGGACAAGCGGCUCAAGCUAUCACCUGAGUGGGGGCCCACUGAGGCCCCCGAGUUCCUGGGGGAGGCCGUGUCUGAGGAUGAAUACAAGACAAGGCUGAGCUCCAUCAUCCAGGAGCUGCUGAGCUCCGAGGAGGCCUUUGUGGGCAAGCUGCAGUUCCUGCAGAGCCACCACAUCCAGCACCUGGACCGCUGCCCCCAAGUGCCCACUGCUGUGGCCAGCCAGAAGGCAGUCAUCUUCCGCAACGUGCAAGACAUCAGCCGCUUCCACAGCAGCUUCCAGCGGGAGCUGCAGAGCUGCGACACAGACGACGAUGUGGCCAUGUGCUUCAUCAAGAACCAGGCGGCCUUUGAGAAGUACCUGGAGUUCCUGGUGGGCCGCGUGCAGGCCGAGUCAGCGGUGGUUGGCACAGCUGUGCAGGAGUUCUACAAGAAAUAUACGGAGGAGGUGCUGUCUGCCGCAGACCCGUCGCAGCCGCCCCCACCGCCCCUGCAGCACUUCCUGGAGCAGCCAGUGGAGCGGGUCCAGCAGUACCAGGCCCUGCUCAAGGAGCUGAUCCGCAACAAGGCGAGGAACGGGCAGAACUGCGCGCUGCUGGAGCAGGCCUACGUGGUGGUGUCUGCCCUGCCGCAGCGCGCUGAGAACCAGCUGCACGUGUCCCUCAUGGAGAACUACCCCGGCACCCUGGAGGCCCUGGGCGAGCCCAUCCGCCAGGGUCACUUCAUCGUGUGGGAGGGGGCUCCGGGCGCGCGGAUGCCCUGGAAGGGCCACCACCGCCACGUCUUCCUGUUCCGCCACCACCUGGUGGUCUGCAAGCCCAAGAGGGAUUCCCGCACCGACACCUUCAGCUAUGUCUUCCGGAACAUGAUGAAGCUGAGCAGCAUCGACCUGAACGACCAGGUGGAGGGUGACGACCGAGCCUUCGAGGUCUGGCACGAGCGGGAGGACUCUGUGCGCAAGUACCUGCUGCAGGCCCGCACGGUCAUCACCAAGAACUCGUGGGUGAAGGAGAUCUGCGGCAUCCAGCAGCGCCUGGCCCUGCCCGUGUGGCACCCCCCAGAUUUCGAAGAGGAGCUGGCAGACUGCACAGCAGAGCUGGGUGAGACCGUGAAGCUGGCCUGCCGUGUGACGGGCACACCCAAGCCCAUCGUCAGCUGGUACAAAGAUGGGAAGCCAGUGGAGGUGGAUCCGCACCACAUCCUCAUCGAGGACCCCGAUGGCUCAUGUGCCCUCAUCCUGGACAACCUGACUGGCAUGGACUCGGGCCAGUACAUGUGCUUUGCAGCCAGUGCGGCUGGCAAUGCCAGCACGCUGGGCAAGAUCCUGGUGCAAGUACCCCCACGGUUUGUGAAAAAAGUCCGGGCAGUUCCUUUUGUGGAGGGAGAAGACGCGCAGGUCACCUGCACCAUUGAAGGCGCCCCGCAGCCUCAGAUCAGGUGGUACAAGGAUGGAGCCCUGCUAACACCUAGCAGCAAGUACCAAACCCUGAGUGAGCCCCGCAGUGGUCUGCUGGUGCUGGAGAUCCUGGCUGCCAGCAAGGACGACCUGGGCCAUUAUGAGUGUGAGUUGGUGAACAGGCUGGGCUCUGCGAAGGGCGGGGCAGAGCUGUGCAUGCAGAGCCCUGCUGUGCGGGCCCGGGAACAGCUUCGCAGGGAGCAGCUUGCAGCGGUGGAAGUCACUGAGCAAGAGACUAAAGUCCCCAAGAAAACCGUCAUCAUAGAGGAGACCAUCACCACCGUGGUGAAGAGCCCCCGUGGCCGGCGCCGGUCCCCCAACAAGUCCCCCUCCCGCUCACCUUCCCGCCGCACUGCAAGCCCGCCCAGGCCAGGCCAGUUGGCUCCUGAGCUGCUGUACUCACUGGGGGCUGGCCAGCCCUGCAGGCCUGAGGUGGAGCCAGGCUGGAGGCCUACUGUACCCAUGCUGUAUGUGACGGAGCCUGAGUCCCACACGCCAGCCCUGUCCCGGGGCACGAGGCCCCAGCCCAAGUGGGUAGAGGUUGAGGAGACCAUUGAAGUCAGGGUGAAGAAGACGGGCUCCAGGGGUGCAUCCCCUGCCAGAGAAGGACCUGACAGCUCGGCAGGGCUUCUCUUCACACUGCCUGGCGGGACUCCCAUAGGAGACCCCAAUGCAAACAACUCCAACAACAAUCUACUGGCUCAGGAGCCCCAGGCCUGGGGCAGAGCCAUGGUCAUCACUGGAGACCCUCUCAUCUUCAGCACGGACACGGGGCCAGAGGAGACCCAUGAGCCGUUCCCUCCACAGGUGGCUGAAGAGGAAACCCCCAUGGAGGAGGUGGAGGGAGGAGGUGCCCUCCUGACGGAGGAGCCCCUGGGUACCAACGGCCUUUGGGGCCGUGACCCCAAGAUCCUCACACACCACGGCCGAGUGCUGACACUGGCUGACCUGGAGGAUUAUGUGCCCAGGGAGGGGGAGACCUUCGGCUGCCAUGGCUCUGUGUCCAGCACUGCUGAUGACCCACCAUGUGAGGUCUCUGUGCUCCAGAGAGAGAUCAGUGAGCCCACCGUGGGGCAGCCUGUCCUGCUAAACGUGGGGCGUCCCCUGGGCCCUCGAAACCCAUCCAGCUUUUUCAGUCGCCAGGAGACAUCUCCCUUGGGGCCUCAGGUCCUUGGCCCCGCAGGAGUCUCCUUCCGUAUGCAGGAGGCCCAGGCUGGGGGUGCUGCAUCCUGGAAGCCAUCCUUCUGCAUCCAGGUCCAGAGGUCUGCAGACAAUGGCCAGAGCAGCUUCAAAACGGAGGUUAACACCCAGACGGUCAGCUUUGGGAUGGUGGGUGAGACCGUCACUCUGCACAUCUGCCCAGAUGGGGACAAGGCCCCUGGCCCCUCCCAGGGCUGAGGCUUUGAGCAGCAGGCACCUGGCUGCGGGGCCCUGUGACUGCGUGGAGGAAACCAGGGUUCCAUGGAUACACGUGUGCUCCGACCCUCUCCCUAACUCUCCAAGAACUCAGGGCUGGAGCCUGUUCGCCCCUCUCACCCCAGGCACUUGCUACCUGACGGGGCCCGGUCCAGCUGAAGACACUGCGCACAGACCUGGCAUCUCGGAAAGUACAGAAGGCCGGAGGGACUCAGACUGUAGCUCUGGGCUCGGGCUCUAGACGCAGAUCAGGGACUCUGCAUCUGUCCUGCCCUGUUCACGAGGCCAGGCUGCCAGGUGGGCCCUGUCUGGUCCAGGCUGGGGUCCUAGUCUUCCUCUCAGUGGGGGGCUCCCCAGCCACAUCUUCCCUAUGAACAUUUCUCUCAGCCUCUGGGAGGCCUGUGCAGGGCCCAACCCUGCAGGAACUCCUGGGCCUCUCUGCAGGGUGGACCAGGGUCUGUGCAUGGGAAGCGGCCCAUCGGCGAACCCCAAUGAUAAUAAACUGGUUCCCUG